ACAUAUGCUUUCCACCAUUUGAUAGUUAGGUUGAGCUUGAAGGCAUCAACUCCUUUUCCCUGACGAAUCGACGAACAUGAAUCUCACAAAUUCUCUUCUUAUCAAAUUCAGAGGUAAUCUUAUCACUAAAUCCUUCCUUCUUCACUGUAAUUUCUCCACAAAUCGAUCUAUGGUUGAUAAAAUUACCAACUUGAAUGAUGCACUCAACCUGUUCGAUGAAAUGUCACAAACACGCCCUCUCCCAUCUGUUGUCAAAUUCACUCAGUUGUUGAAUGCUGUUACUAAAAUGAAACAUUUUCCCUCUUCUCUUCAUCUUUUCAACCAAAUGUGUGCAAUUGGUGUUCCCAUUGAUAAAUACUCAAUGAGCAUUGCAAUCAAGUGUUGUUGCCAGUUGUAUCGCACCAAAGACGGGUUUGCAGUCCUAGGGUGUUGCUUUAGGCGAGCUAUUCCACCCAAUGUGUACAUAUAUAGUGCACUCUUAGAUGGACUUGUCCUUGAAGAUAAGAUUCUUGAAGCAGAGAUGUUAUUCAAGAAGCUCGUCAAACAAAAACUCUGUGAACCUGAUGUGGUUAUGUAUAACACAAUGAUUAAAGGGCUUUGCAAGUUCGGUAAUAACGUUACAGCAGUUGCUUUGCUCAGGCUAAUGGAACAAAAAAACUGCAAGCCUAGUAUUGUUACAUAUAGCACCAUCAUUGAUAGUCUUUGCAAGGAUAAACUGAUUGAUGAUGCUUUCAAACUCUUUAAAGAGAUGGUAUUUGAAAAAGGAAUUUUACCAAAUGUCAUUACCUACACCUCUUUAAUUCGUGGCCUUUGUAACUUAGGUCAUUGGGAUGAGGCCUCAAAGCUGCUAAAAGAAAUGGAGGAUGAAAAGAUUUCUCCAGAUGUGCAAACCUUUACUGUAUUAGUUGAUGCUUUUUGCAAGGAAGGUAAAGUAGAAGAAGCUGAGGCUAUUAUCAACAUCAUGAUUGAGAGAGGUGAGGUUCCAGACAUAGUGACAUACAACUCACUUAUUGAUGGUUACUGUCUUCGAGGUGAAAUGAUCAAAGCAAGGGAGAUUUUUGAUUCACUGGCGCUUAGAGGUCUCGUCCCUGAUGUUGUCGCUUACAGUAGUUUGUUGAAUGGGUAUUGCAAAAAUCUGAACAUAGAAAAAGCUAUGCAAAUGUUUCAAGAAAUGACUGGAAAAGGUUUAAAGCCCAAUGUAGUCACUUACAACACCAUGAUACAAGGAUUCUUUCAGGUUGGGCGUUGUGUAGAUGCACGCAAACUCUUUGAUGAGAUGCAUGCACAAAGCCAAAUCCCAGACCAAUACACUUAUCGAAUAGUUUUAGAGGGCCUUUGCAACAAUCGUCAAGUAGAAGAGGCUCUCUCUUUUUUUCAUUUGAUGGGUGAUAGCAAGCUUAAUUCUGAUAUUGUUGUGUACAAUAUCCUCAUUGAUGGUGCAGGAAAAUGUGGGAAAGUGGAUAUUGCAAGGGUUCUUUUCCAAGGUCUAAUUGAUAAAGGCGGUGUAGGCACGCGGCUGCUGCUGUAGGGGAUUUAAUUUUCAUUUACGGUGGUUUACGCGGAGGGGUAUUGUUAGAUGAUCUUUUAGUUGCUGAAGACCUGGCUGCUGCUGAAAUGACAUCAGCAGCGUCACAUGCAGCUGCUGCAGCUGUAGCCUCUAAUGCACAGGUAGGCGGGAGGCCACCUGGACGCUAUGGAUUUGUUGAAGACAGAACGAGGCAGCCAAAUUCUGAAACAGAUGCUGACGGUGCAGUCGUACUUGGGGAUCCUGUUGCUCCGCCUGCUAACGGUGACAUGUAUACAGAUCUCAGCACUGAGAAUGCCAUGCUCCCCGGCUCAAGGAGAUUAAGCAAAGGAGUUGAAUAUUUGGUCGAGGCAUCGGCAGCUGAAGCUGAAGCUAUUGCUAAAACCCUAGCCGCCGCAAAAGCACGUCAAUCUAACGGUGAAGUUGAUCUGCCAGAUAGAGACCGUGGAGCGGAGGCUACUCCGAGUGGGAAACAAAUGAUAAAACCUGAUUCUGAUGUUGUACCUAGUUCUGCGCCAGCUGGCAUACGUUUGCAUCAUCGAGCUGUGGUAGUAGCUGCAGAGACGGGUGGAGCAUUAGGUGGAAUGGUGAGACAGCUGUCAAUAGAUCAGUUUGAAAAUGAAGGCAGGAGGGUUAGUUAUGGGACCCCAGAAAACGCAACUGCAGCAAGGAAGCUUCUAGAUCGGCAAAUGUCAAUCAACAGUGUCCCCAAAAAGGUGAUUGCUCACCUAUUGAAGCCUCGUGGGUGGAAGCCACCUGUUCGCAGACAAUUCUUUCUGGAUUGUAAUGAGAUAGCUGAUCUUUGUGAUAGUUCUGAACGAAUAUUUUCAAGUGAACCUAGUGUUUUACAACUUAGGGCUCCAAUCAAGAUAUUUGGUGAUUUGCAUGGGCAAUUUGGAGACCUCAUGAGACUUUUUGAUGAGUACGGAUCCCCAUCUACGGCUGGAGACAUAGCAUAUAUCGAUUAUCUCUUCUUAGGAGAUUAUGUUGAUCGAGGCCAACACAGUUUGGAAACCAUUAGCCUUCUGUUAGCUCUGAAGGUUGAAUAUCCACACAAUGUUCAUUUAAUUCGUGGGAAUCAUGAAGCUGCAGAUAUAAAUGCACUUUUUGGCUUUCGAAUCGAGUGCAUAGAGCGAAUGGGCGAGAGAGAUGGAAUCUGGGUAUGGCACAGGAUAAACAGAUUAUUCAACUGGUUGCCACUGGCCGCGUUAAUUGAGAAAAAGAUUAUUUGUAUGCAUGGUGGUAUUGGGAGGUCAAUUAAUCAUAUUGAGCAGAUCGAAAACCUUCAACGGCCGAUCAC